GAAAAAGAAAGAAAAGAGCAGCGCCUGUGACUGGUGUGCCGGUCGAGCAAGCCAGCAGCUUUAACCUUAGCUAACGCACAUCCAAAAGCACAUGCCAUGAGCCGGGUUUGAGCCUGCGAAAAACCUGGGGGGCUGGAGAAAGAAAAAAAAAGCCACACUCACGACUGCGAGAGAAAUCCGAUGAGAGGAACGGCUCAGAGAGAGUGAGCUGCCGUAGAUUGUCCAAAGGGGCAGCGUUUCUCCUAGUUCCGGUUUGUCUGCCUGUGUGCGCUGUGCGAGUUGGGACCCUAAACAAAAGGCUGCCAUCAUCCUAAAGGAGAUAUUCAACUGCGAAGAGAGCCCCGUCUGCUUGAUGCUAACUAAACAUGAGCUCCUAUUUUGUUAACCCUCUUUUUUCUAAGUACAAAGGCGGCGAGUCACUGGAGCCAACUUACUACGACUGCAGGUUUCCACAAAGCGUUGCCCGCAGCCACACGCUGGUUUACGGACCCGGAGCAGCCGCACCGGGUUUUCAGCACCCGUCCCAUCAUGUGCAGGACUUUUUCCACCACGGGACCACGGGGAUCUCCAAUGCCGGAUACCAGCAAAACCCCUGCGCUUUGGCUUGCCACGGAGACGCAACGAAAUUUUAUGGAUAUGAAGCCCUUCCGAGGCAAACGCUUUAUGGUACCCAGCAAGACGCAAGCCUAGCGCAAUACCCAGACUGUAAAUCGUCGAGCAGCUCUAACCCCGGAGAAGGACAAGGCCACUUAAAUCAAAACUCCUCUCCCAGUCUUAUGUUUCCUUGGAUGAGACCCCACGCCCCAGGAAGACGGAAUGGGAGGCAAACCUACAGUCGCUACCAAACUCUUGAACUGGAGAAGGAGUUUCUCUUCAACCCUUACCUGACCCGCAAAAGAAGGAUCGAGGUGUCCCACGCCCUGAGCCUCACCGAGCGGCAGGUGAAGAUUUGGUUUCAGAACAGGAGGAUGAAGUGGAAAAAAGAGAACAACAAAGACAAGUUUCCGGGUCAGAGAGGAGAGGCCGAAGCCGAGGCCGAGGAAGAGGGCAACGAGGACGGUGAAGGGGAAGAAGCAGAAGAGAAAGAAGCGGAAGAGAAAGAAGAGACCAAGGAGUGAUUUUAUGGUCCUUUUUAUGGUUAUAUGGCUGAAAAAAAGAGGAAAAAAAGAGAGAGGUCCCAUAAACAGACGAAGAGUCACAAGGAGGCAGAGAGCGUCAACUUUAUGACCACCCUUUCAUUUUGUCAAGAGGGAACAGGAAUCCCACCAAUAUUGCUGUCAUAAAUAGACAAAAUUCUCCCUUCUCACCAUUAUCCUAACGCGAUUCGCAUUGCCAUUUGGAUUUUUUUUUUCUGUAGAAGCUACAAACGCUUGUAGCAAAAAAUAAAAAAAAAUUCUUUGGUAGUAGAACUGGCACCCUUGCGAAAAAAAAAAGCUGGGGGAGUAAAAUUAAAACGCAUGUUAGAUGGAAAAUGGCUUAGCUAUUUUUUACAAAUUUGCUUUUAAUAAUAACUGUAUCAAAAAGCAUAGCCAAAUAGGAUCAAAACAUGACCAACGCCGACCUGUGUUGUAAAUAGAUUAUAGCCUACAUUUUAAAAAAAAGAGCGAGAACAUCAUUUCAGAGUAACCUUUGCGAAAUUGUAAGUGAAAUGUAGGCCUAUAACUUAGUAGUGAGUGUUCAGACAUCAUCUUCGCAGCAGUUACAUUGGCUCUCAGCCCGUGUAUUAAACACAAGUUUUAUUAUUCUAAUUGUUACUGUUACUGUUUUACUCGUUUUCAUGUGAAUGGCCUAGACAAAGAUAGCCAUUAGCUCCUCAGACAUCUUUUUCUAGGAUUACCAGGGAAAUGCAAUCGUUUGAAAUCCUUUGAUGCUACCUAAACCUGGGGAAAUUGCAAUAGAGAUUUCUGAAUAUAGAGAUUUCAUAUGGUUUUAAUUUUAAAGUGUUCUAUAUCAACCUUAUAUUAUUAAGUUAAUGUAUGUAGCAUUUACCCAAUAUACAAAUAUACACUUGUUGAAGACAAUUUGUGAGUCUUGGGAAGACAAUUAGCUCAAAGCCAAGCAAACAAUUUUGAGAUUGUACCACGGCACUACCUAAACUCAGAGCCUUGCCUCCUGCAGAAUUUAUAUUCCACACUUAUGGCAUCGCUCUGAUUUGAUUGCAAGCUAUUUUCCCCAACAACUAAAACUGCCUAUAACGCACAUUUACUGUGUAUGAUAAUACCUGCUACAAUUACAACGAUUUUAAAAGUAAGGGAAUUUUUAUUUUAAUGUGCUGGUGAUAUAGCGUAGUUGUUUUGCACUGAAUAUAAUCUUUAUGUACGUCUUGUUAUAUAUUGAUGUUAACAAUAUGCUCGUUUCCUGGUGUUUUCUCCUGUGAAAGACGGAAUUGUGUGUCCCCUCCCCGCCAUUGUUGAUGUAAAAUCACAAAUAAACAAGAUGGCUCACAAUCA